AAGAGGAAGAAGGACGACUGGGUGAAAUUACCACGCAGGCGCAGUGUGAGAGGUAUUCAAAAAUACUUCCUGGUCAACAAAGGCACUCUGUUUACAUUUUAUUGAUGCUAAACUACAUUUGAUUUCGAGGCGUCGGCAUCUAUGCUUUUCUACAGUCUAUUUCUUCUACACUUCCUAUUAACAAUCCUGAAAGCAUUUUCUCUAGUAAUGGCAAAUUCCGUUGCUUUUCACACUCAGCUAGCCUCCAUCAUGGAGGUUUUGGCUAAUGCGGCCGUGGCUGAAAUCUGCGAGCUUGUUGACAAUGGCUAUGCCGUCCUGCAUGUGGAGAUAUCUCGAGGCCAGAAGGAUAAUGAAACUUUGAGGAGAAAACUACGGCUGAUGGAGAUGAAAGUGUCUAGUGCGAGUACUCCGAGAGAGGGAAUGGGAAGCUCCAUCCUUCCGCACAGUCGCUCUCGAGCUCACCUUGGCAUGGAAUCGAAUAGGACAAUAAACAGCGAGGUACGAUGUCGGGGAGCAAUUGAUUCCAAGUUGGUAACCAGCAUGUUUAGGCACAGAGAGUCCUCAGGUGACACUGGACAAACGACAACACCGAGAAAGACUGCAGGGUUGGAAGAGAUAAACCCCAAAUCACCUACCAUCAAAGAGGAGAUGUGGGAAGAAUCCUGGGAGAAUCAUGACCAAUGGGGGAGACUGAGUAGUGGAGCUUUAAAUCACAGUGCUGAUGGAGGAGAAAGGCAAUCCAACGUCGACACAGAUGCUGCUCAACCAAUCAGCAAACAGGAGAACGCCAGCUCUUGUUUAUGGGUGAGUGGUGAAACAGACAACAACCUCCUGCCAGGAUCAAAUAACCUGAGUGUGAACAAAAGAUCUCUAAACCCAGGACUGGAAAAUGGUGAUGGAAUACUUAAAAGUGUGGGCUUUGAUUGUAUGAUGUUUGAGCCCCACAGACAACUUGGGACCCUUCGCACACAGGGUUCUGGGGCUGAUCUUCCCGAGUGCUCUUACUCUCAUGUGGAUGUUGUACCCACUCAAUCGGAGUCAGAGAAUGGAUUCCCUUAUGAAAUGAGCAAAGUGAUUCCCUCCAUAACUGAGCACAAAAAACCUGUCGCUUACCAGGACGGUAGACAGAGGGCGCCGGUGCCCUCAGAGCCUCACAGGACUGUAGGAAAAGGCAUGGAAACAGGAUCCAAUGGUUUGGUCUCCCAUGACAGUCAUAACAAUGAUGGGGGUAACAAUGGCGACGACUCAGCAGGUAAGCUGUUAAUUUGUAGUUUCUGCGGUAAGACUUUGGCUUGUCUGAAGAAUCUCAAGACACACCUGAGGGUUCAUACCGGGGAGAAGCCGUUCAGCUGCGCGCAGUGCGGGAAGCGCUUCUCUGACUCCAGCAACCUCAAGCGACACCAGAGCGUUCACACGGGGGAGAGACGUUACGGCUGCAGCCACUGCGGCAAGCGCUUCGCACAGUCGGGCUCACUCAAAGUGCACAUGAGCGUACACACGGGAUGUAAGCAGUUCAGAUGUAUGCACUGUGGGAAGACUUUCAUAUCGGCCAAUCACCUCAAUAGACACAUCAGUGUUCACGAUGGAUAAAUACUUUUACCAACAACUUUUCAAUGGGUGAAAGCAUACCUAAACGUGCUUCAGCCAAGUUUGAACAGAAAAGGGACUCGGAGGUUGGCAUUUAUUGGGAUGACUCAUGUACUGGAGGCAGCUCUGCAGGGUAGUCAGCCACAGUCAUAAAAUCAGCUUUUUAAACCAAACACUAAACUUAAAUUAAGACCAAAAAGCUAAAACAAAAACAAUUUGUACAAUAUACGGUGCAUUUGGAAAGUCUUCAGA